GGGCAGGGGAGCAAGGCGGAGAAGAUGAAACGUUCUGAAAGACACAAACAGGCUAGUUGAACUUCCGUAAACAUUAAGUGGCCCUGUAGCACAGUGGUAGCACUGUAUGCCUUAGAACCCACAUUAAGUGGCCCUGUAGCACAGUGGUAGCACUGUAUGCCUUAGAACCCACAUUAAGUUGCCCUUUAGCAGUUAUUAGCACACUGGUAGCACUGUAUGCCUUAGAAGCGAGAUUAAGUGGCCCUGUAGCACAGUGGUAGCACUGUAUGCCUUAGAACCCAGAGGGUGGGGUGUGAAGCCACUCAAGUUUGUCCCCAGUGAUGGGCAAAGAGUUGUGUGGAAUGCAUCCAGUAAAAACACAUUUAGCCACCAAAGUCAGAUAAACACCAACCAACGAGAAGUGGGAAAAAAGUCACUCUUUGCUAUUUGAAACACAUAAAAGAUAAGUGUUAAAACACAAUAAAUUAGUAAACAUUAUGAAGGCUUGUAAUACUUAUAGGCUUGUAUGGCAACACUUAUUCAUUAUAGGUUGUAUGGUCACAUAGAUAGCUUGUAUAGCCACAAUUAUAGGCUUGUAUGGCAACACUUAUCGGUUUUGUGGUCACUCUGAUAGGUUGUAUAGCCACAAUUAGAGAUUGUAUGGCCACACUUUGUUUCAAUUUUAUGAUAAAGUGCAAUUUAAAAUGUCCACAAUUUCUGAGAGAAAGAUUUGAUAAAUAAUUUUGCUGCUGAGAUCUACUUGAGAUUAAUUAAUUUUUUUUCCCCAUUUAAAACAAAAGAUUUUAGAGCUUGAAAGGGAAAAUUGGAAACAAAUGAAUGUUUCUGAAAAUGAAAUACCAAGUUAGAACCAAGUAAGAUUCACAAACAAUUAUCAUGUUCCGGUAAGGAGUAGUUCAUAACAGAGGUCCGCCGAAAGUAUGCAUUGUUUUCUCCCCACCAUCUGCAUUAGGCGUACCCUCCCAACGGGUUGCGGAUGUCCCCAUGAAACAGUGUGAAAAGCCAGGAAGCAUAAAAAUAGAUUCUGAAGAGGAAAAUUCACCAGAUUUCAACUUCUAAUUAAAUCUGAUAAUAUGAAUUAUUUGAGUAGUAGACCAGUCCUGAGAAUUAGAGAAAAAAUAUUAACAGUCCAAACUUGCAUUGUUUACAUUUGUUGAUAAAUAGCAAAUUUUCACACCUCCUCUCCCCUUUGUCCGCAUUUUAAUGAACCUCCCUCACCCCCUACCUUCGUGGACUUCCUUUAAGAAUGACCCCUUAGGUUAUACUAAUGUCAAAGGUUAAUGAGAGAACUUAAGUUUCUCAGGUUCAAAUUAUCGCAUCAAUAAUUUGAUAGAAAGUUUGACAUCAAUAAUUUGAUGACAUCAAUAAUUUGAUGACAUCAAUAAUUUGAUACUUUGACAUCAAUAAUUUGAAAAACAGUUUCACAUCAAUAAUUUGAUGGUUUGAUAUCAAUAAUUUGAAAGACAGUUUGCAAUUAAAUUUUAUUUCAGAAACUGAAACGAAUUAUUGACAACGUACUGUCAGAAAAGGGAGUGAAUCAGGCCAAUAAAAUGUACGCCGCAUGCUCCAGGAAUUUAUUUAAUGUCAGCAUGGUCUUGCUCAAGGUGAGUCGGUCCAAGGGGUCAGUAAUAUUAAUAUCCUAAAAUUCAAUUUUAAAUGUUCCAAAAAGUUGUACCUGGGUAUUUAGAGAAUUCAGCAAUGUGACUGCUCUAUAAAAUAUGACUACUCUAUAAAAUGUGACUUCUCCAUAAAACAUGACUGCUCUGUAAUUGUUUCAAGUAAUUGUUAAUAUGAAUAAUGAAAUUACAAUAAUAAUUUUUCUAGUUACAUUAGGAGAAAUAUUUGACUGACCGAGUAAUUGUAAAUGUAGCAAAUAAUUAUGUUAAUUAAAAGAAAAAGUGAAAUGUAUUGAUUAUAAAUUUCUAAAGCCAAGUAUUUUAAAAUCAUUAUGUUACUUGUUAGGGCCUAAAUUUCUUGAAUAAUCAGAUGUCCACAUUAUUACUGAAAAUUACAUUGAUGUUUACCAUAGAAAUUAUUAUAUUUUUACCCAGACUUUGACCACAUCCCGGAAUCUGACAGAAGAAAUGAAAACAGUAGUCUAUUCUCAAGUUACACAGGUGGUUAUUUUCUUAGCUAGAGUCAUAUGGCUAUGACAUGUUUAUUUUCUUAGCUAGAGUCAUAUGGCUAUGACAUGUUUAUUUUCUUAGCUAGAGUCAUAUGGCUAUGACAUAUUUAUUUUCUUAGCUAGAGUCAUAUGGCUACAUGUUUAUUUUCUUAGCUAGAGUCCUAUGGCUAUGACAUUUAUUUUCUUAGCUAGAAUCAUAUGGCUAUGACACAUUUAUUUUCUUAGCUAGAAUCAUAUCAUCACUAUGUUUAUGUUGUUAGAUAGAAUCAUAUGGCUAUGACAUGUUUAUUUUCUUUGCUAGAAUCAUAUGCCUAUGACAUGUUUAUUUUCUUUGCUAGAAUCAUAUGGCUACAUGCUUAUUUUUUUAGCUAGAGUCAUAUGGCUAUGACAUAUUUAUUUUCUUAGCUAGAAUCAUAUCAUCACUAUGUUUAUUUUCUUAACUAGAAUCAUAUGGCUAUGACAUGUUUUUUUUUCUUAGCUAGAAUCAUGUCAUAACUACAUGUUUAUUUCUUAGCUAGAAUCAUGUCAUGACUACGACAUGUUUUUUUUCUUAUCUAGAAUCAUGUCAUUGUCAUGACUACGACAUGUUUAUUUUCUUGGCUAGAAUCAUAUGGCUUUACAUGUUUUCAUGUUAUAUUGUUCAUUGCAAUGGUUAACUUUAAAUGAUCCAAUCUUUGAGUUGUAGAGCCUGUUUCAAAUAUAGCACUAAAGGAAAUGACGCUUAGGCUUAAGGAAGAAUCUUCCUUUUCAAUAUUAUAUCUUAGAUCACAGUGAGUGGUUCAUUUCAAAUUAUUUUAAAAAAAAAAUGAUUUUCUAGAUCCCACUCAGUUAUUCCAGGUUUUUAUAAAUGCAUCUUUAGAUCAAUGUGAGCUAGUCAUUCACACUUUAAAUUUAAAUCAUCGUGAGCUAGUCACACUUAGGAUCAUAGUGAGCUAGUCAUACUUACGAUCAUAGUGAGCACAGCUAUACUUUAGAUCAUUGUGAGCUAGUCAUAUUUAAGAUCAUAAUGAGCUAAUCAUACGUUAGAUCAUAGUUUGCUAAUUACACUUGAGAUCAUACUGUACUAAUCACACUUUAGAUCAGGACUGCACAACUCAAAAUGUAAGGUGGGCCGUAAUACUUUAUGAAUAACUUGUGCGGGCCAAAAGAAUAAUAGGACAGAACUUGUGCGGGCCAAAAGAUAAUACGACAAAAGGGGCGGGGGGGGGGGGAAGGGGGGAGAGCUAUUAAGAAAAUAAUUAGAACAAAAUAUUUCGUUACUUCGCGGCCUGCAAAGUGGGUGCUGGUGGGCCGCCCGCAGGGCAUAUGUUGCGUAGGCCUGCUUUGGUUCAUAGUGUGCUAAUCACACUUAAGGUCAUUAUAUAUUUAGGCAUUAAUCUCUUAAAUAAAUACAGUGGAACCUCUCAUAAUGAGCACCUCUCAUAACGAGCAAAAAAAAAAUGUGAAGAAGUUGCUCUCUUAACGAGCAAUAUUUCGCAUAACGAUUUGCGCAGAAAGGUGAAGUCCCUUUUUCCUGACAUUCAUUUGUGAGCCGGGCGCCCCCCCCCCCCCCCCCUUGAGCACCUCUCAUAACGAGAAAAAAAAAAAGGUGAAGAAGUUGCUACCUUAACGAGCAAUAUUUCGCAAAACGAUUGGCGCAGAAAGGGGAAGUCCCUUUUUCCUGACAUUCAUUUGUGAGCCGGGCGCCCCCCCCCCCCGCCCGAUGCAUUAGUCCAGCAGUUCUCAAUCUGUGGGUCAUGACCCCUUUGGGGGUAGCGCAGCCCUUUCCCAGGUGUCGCCUUAGACUAUCUGAAAACACAUAUUCUUACAGCUAUGAAGUAGCAGCUAUGAAGUAGCAACGAAAAUAAUUAGGCUGCUGGGGGGGUCACCAAGAUACGAGAAACUGUAUUAAAGGGUCGCGGCACUAGGAAGGUUGAGAACCAUUGCAUUAGUCUGUGUUUAGCACUCGGUCUGUUAGUGUAUUGUUUUUGCGUGUGAUCAGCAGUUUUUACAAAUUUUGUAUUCAGACAGCAUUCGUCAUUUUUUAAUGUGCUAAAAUGUCUUCGAGAAAAAAAAAAACCACAAGAAGACAAUCAUAAAAGAGAAAAAAUAACUGUUGAAAUGAAACAUAAAAUCAUUGAAAAGCGAGAACAAGGUGUGAGUGUGGCUAUUUGUGCUACAAAUUUAUUCAAUGAUAAUGCUGUGACACAUUUUCGUCAAAUUUUGAAGCGUCGGCAAAAACAAAUGUCUUUAGACAGUUUUCUAGUUAAAAAGGAUUAAUUAUUUGACAUAAAUUCAUAUUUUUAUUUACAUUUUUUGUUUCAAAUCUAAAUUGUAUUCCAAGUUGUUGCACUCCUUAACAAUUCAUAAGUAAUUUUAUUUGAAUAAAUGUUAAUACAAAUUAGUAUUUUUUCAGCGUGGAACGCAUUAUCAUUACAUUAAUUUGUACGGGAAAAAUUAUUUCGUUUAACACAGUGUUUGGCUUAACGAGUAAGAGUCUAGAAGGAAUUAAACUCGUUACGAGAGGUUCCACUGUAACUUUCAACCAGCAAAAUAGACUUUACCAAUGUAUGACAUUUUAACAUUUUAAGGUAGCCCAUACUGUAAGAGGAGCUUUCAUUCCUUUCAAUAUUUUGUUCAUUAAAAAUAAUUUCGUGUUUUAAGGAUGCUUACAUUUAACAUCAAAAUAAAUGCAUUUUUUUUUAUUGUUGCAGAUCAUCAACUUAGAGGUUAGAAGGUGUGGCUUAUCUGUCAUCACUUAAAAGUGACAGCUGACACGAUGUUUCACUUUAGUAAUGAGUGACAAUUGUCAAUGGCAAAUCACUAUAACAGUGAAUGAACAUUGACCAUGGCAUAUCACUAACAGUGAGUGACAGAUGACCAAGACAUAUCACUAACAGUGAGUGACGGUUGACCAUGGCAUAACACUACCAGUGAGUGACGGUUGAACUAAAAGUAGACGGAUGAAUGUGAUGGCUGCGUGAAGG